AUGGGUGAUGAUAAUCUUAGCACUGACCCUAUUCGGCUUUCGGUUUUUGAUAGACUUACUUCUGUGGAUCAAAGUAAUGAUUUGGGAAAUGGUGAACGAUCUAGCCUGACUUUUUCUAAAGCGGUUGGCCGUUCUGUGGCAACUGAUUUUAAUUUUUAUCCCCUUGCGGACAAGAAACAGGCUCAUGUCUCUAUCCCUAUAGAAAUGGCGAAGGAAGCUGCCAAAGCCUAUAACUCAGUUUUAUACGGCUAUUUCCUGGGACCCCGUAUUCCUUUUCCUCUGGUGAAAAAAUUUGUUAAACAGGCGUGGGGUAAAUUUGGAUUUUUGGAUGCGAUGCUUAAUGAGAAUGGUAUUUUUUUCUUUAAAUUUAAUGACGUUGGAGGAUGUGAUCAAGUGAUUGAGACUGGCCCGCUGAUGAUCAGAGGCGUUCCUUUAUUUGUUCAUCGUUGGGAUCCGUCUAAGGGAUUAAAAAAGCCGAAACAUUCCUCCUGUCCUUUAUGGGUGAAACUCCAUAAUAUUCCAUUAGUUGCGUUCAAUAAAGAAGGUGUUAGUCGUAUUGCGAGUGUUCUGGGUAUUCCUAAACAAAUGGAUUCAUGCACUGCUUCAAUGUGUGAAAAAGCUUGGGGCAGGCGUGGUUUUGCAAAAGUUCUUGUUGAGGUUUGGGCUGUGGGAGAUCUAAAACGGAAAAUUGAUGUUGAAAUCCCAAACAUUAAUGGUGGUGAACCCGAUAGUGUGCAAAUUCAAGUAGAAUACUUAUGGGAACCGAUUCAAUGUACUCAUUGUCAAAUUUUUGGUCACAAGCUUUCGUCAUGUGUCAGAGCUGCUAGUUUGAAUAAAGAUAAGCAAAUUGUUAGCCGCAAAGAUGCUGAUGGGUUUACUAGGGUGACGAAAAAACAAUGGAGGGUUAAAGGUGGAAAUAAAACCGAACUUUCUAGUGCUCAAACGGAUAAUGGAAGAAAGGAAUCAAACCCUAUUGAUGCGCCUUUGGGAGUGAAUGCUGUAAGUCAAGGACGGGAAAUGGAAGGUUUCUACUAA